AUGGGACAGUCUUCCUCUACGGCCCGACCCCACCCCGAAACUGGCAACCCGGAUUAUUUGACAUCAUCCCCGACAGAGCGUGACAUCGAUGCGAGGAAUGAAGACAUGAACAAUCAGCAGACAGCGGAGCAGAAUGGGGCCACAGGUCCCUCGUUCGGGGCGGAAUUUUUUCCUUCUGAUGAAGAGGGCAUUGCGCCUUCCAGUGAACUGAAUGAGGCCGCGGAAGCCUGGCAGCAGCCAACUCGCCUUUCUGGGGGAUUUGGGCAUGAGAUGCGGAGCAUUGAGGAGGAAAGCACCGCCGAGCUCGAUCCUCAAGAGCCAGAGUAUCGACGCGCGGAAACUUUCACUCAGAUGGCGGCAAGAAGACAGUCGACCAUGUCGCGGCUAGGAUCUAGAUUCUUACCCAACUCAGUCAUCCGUGGACUUCUGAAUAGCCAAGAAGAGACCCCCGCAGAGGGCCUUGCCCACCGCCACGGGCUUGUUUCGAGGACACCACCAAGAUCCGAGACCACCAGUGGCCACAGCAGCAGCCGAUUUAGCCCCUUCAGCGCGCUUGGAUCACGAGGAGUUACUCGUCGCCGAUCUGUUAGAUCACCUUAUUACAUACCCUCUCGUGUAGAUCCAUCAGACAUCUCUGAGCCCGCGAGCAACUCGUCCUUCGAGCGGCGACUACCCGAACCAUCCCGUGUUCCCUGGCGACGAAGUGCGCGUCUCAGCCGGGUACGCCACUCGCUAUCAACGCCCAUCUCUCACAUGUUCGGCCAACCUUCUUCUGAGAUGUCUUCUCCGCACGAGAAUCCCCGACAUGUGCCAAUCCCUCACUUUCUCGAUGAACCACUUCCGCGCGAUAUGGACACCCGUUUGGACUGGAGAGACCCUGUCGAUGAACCGUCUCCUGAACUAGGAUCAAUGGAACCCCCGAUCCGCAACGGAGGACCACCGGCCUCCAUUCAACCAAGUCCUGGUUUAAUGCGAAUGAAUCGGCUCCCGGGCCUUCUUCGAGCACGAUCGGCUCGGGACCUCCGGCAACAAGAUCCAACUCCCCUCUCUCGAGUGUUACAACUUGCGGCAGCUGCCAUCGCAGCUCAGCUCUCCGGAACCACUGGCCCUGUUCUGCCGAAUAUUCAAGCUCUAGGCAACGAUGGCCUCGACGGAUCUCUCGAAAAUUUUAUCCAAAGCCUACAGCAUGCUACAUCUGCACAAUCACAGCCAUCUGUUUCCGGAGAAGGACCGAGUAACACUGGCAAUGAGGCACCAACCCCCCCAGUCAACUUUUUGCGUGUCUUCCGUUUUGCCAAUUCAGAGACUUCCGGUGGCUCGAACUCCCCUUCGCGAAAUACGAAUGGUACUCAAAAUACCGAGAACCCUAGCACGCAGCCUGAUGGGAUGUCCAUUGAUGAACCCGCGGGGGGUACUGAAGGGCGAACGGUUACACUGGUAGUUGUUGGGGUUCGAUCUGUCCCGGCGGGUGGUGGUAGUGGUGGUGAACAAGGACCACCGGCUCCCGGUGGUGCAGGCCUGGAUGCUCUGCUCGGACUACCAUUCUUACCAAAUAUCCCACGGCCUUCGGACAGACUUGGCGAUCUGGGACAGCGCGCAGAUGGUCUUCCGCAAGUACAACCCCCGCGACCUGGAGCGCCUACACCAAUUCCAUCACUCGGAGCAUCGGACUUCCCACGCCGGCCAGGCUUCACCUCGUCCCGUUGGAGAUCUCCUGAUGCAGGAUCUCGCCCCCCUUACCCACCCUAUCAACCCUCCGCGCUGUCCGAAAGCCCUCCUGGGCCCCAUCCUCCACCGUCCACCCCUGCCGAGCCAGGCUUGUCUGCCGUCUCCUCCGGCACUUCAACUCCAAGCCGCAGACCUUCAUCCGCCUCGGCCAUUUCACCGACUCUUCUUCCCCAUUUGCACGAGGGUCAGCCUAUGUCGCCCGAUUUGGGACCUACCGAGACGGCUGCCCCGCCCAAUGCCACCCGUGAACGACGACGAAGUGAUUCUGAGUUCGCCCGCCAUCGGGCCAUCGGACACCACCGGGCCUUCGGAUCGGGAUCUGUCCGCCGCAAUGGCGUGGUUGAAUCUGAUCAGCCUGCCCCCAGUGCAACGGGUCGAAGCUGGCUUAUAUAUGUCGUUGGAACUAAUCUAUCGGAGAACCACCCGGCCCUUACGACACCAAGCCUUUUUACCGACAACCCGACCUACGAGGAUAUGAUUCUACUGUCGUCACUUCUCGGACCAGCGAAACCCCCAGUCGCAACUCAAGACGACGUCGACUCUGCGGGUGGACUAUUCCGUCUUGUAGAAUACUGUGGUACACUUGUCGCAGAACCCCUGGAAGGUGUUGGCGCUAUUCAGCUUCAAGAUGGAGAGCGUUGCUUGAUCUGUCUGAGCGACUACGAAGUGGCCGAGGAGGUCCGAAGGCUAGCUAAAUGCCAGCACGUCUUCCACAAAGGCUGCAUCGAUCAGUGGCUAACUACCGGCCGAAACUCGUGCCCCCUCUGCCGGGGACAGGGCGUUCAUGAAUCCUCCGACAACGGUGAUGUACCAGCAUCUUCCGAACCAGACCCUCAUGCUCCGGGCCCGACUCUCUAA